CGGCGCGGCCAUCUGGCUCAUGGCGGCCCAGCCCGGGGGCGGCGUUGUGGCGGGUUCUUCCCCGGCGGCCUCCAAGAAGUCCGCCUUCUGGUCCUGCUUCAGCUGCCGCAUGCUGACGGGCGGGGGGCUGCUGGCCUCCGGGGUCUGGGUCUACAUGGGCGUCCGCCGGUCCUUGCGGCAAAGGAGGCCCGGGACGGUCUUCGACGUCUUCCGGCUGGCUUUCGCCAUCGGCCUUUCCACUUGGGCAGUCAUAGUCAUCUUAGAUCCCAUCCAGCCGAAGUGAAACGGGAAAGGCGUACUUCAUCAGCGAAGGUUUUCCAAGACCUAAAAGGGGGAACCUUUCAUUUGGGGGUUGGGGUGUCCUGGGAUCCACAUUAAGACAGGACAGAAAUGUUGCAGGUUUUAUCUUCCAUGGAAAAUGGCUGCUUCUUGUUGCUUUUUUUG